ACAUGGCUGCGCGCCGCGCCACCGUCGCCUGCGCGCUGUUGCUGCUGUCCUCCGCCCUGCUCCGUCGCGGCUGCCGGGCGCGCUUCGCCGCUGAGCCCGACUCGGAUGAAGACGGGGAGGAAACGGUGGCGUUCCCCGAGUCGCCCCUGCAGAAACCCACGGUGUUCGUGGCCAUCCUCGCCCGCAACGCCGCGCACACGCUGCCUCACUUCCUCGGCUGCCUGGAGCGGCUGGACUACCCCAAGAGCAGGAUGGCCAUCUGGGCGGCCACUGAUCACAAUUUGGACAAUACAACAGAAAUACUCAGGGAGUGGCUGAAAAAUGUGCAGCGUCUGUAUCACUAUGUUGAGUGGAGGCCCAUGGACGAGCCAGAGUCUUACCCUGAUGAAAUUGGACCAAAGCACUGGCCAAGCUCCCGGUUUGCUCACGUCAUGAGACUGCGACAGGCAGCCCUUCGAACUGCGAGGGAAAAAUGGUCCGACUAUAUCCUGUUCAUAGAUGUCGACAACUUCCUGACUAAUCCACAGACCCUGAACCUAAUGAUUGCAGAAAACAAAACCAUCGUGGCGCCUAUGCUGGAGUCCCGGGGUCUGUACUCUAACUUCUGGUGUGGAAUCACACCUCAGGGCUUCUACAAGAGGACCCCAGACUACCUUCAGAUUAGAGAGUGGAAGAGGAUGGGCUGCUUCCCCGUCCCCAUGAUCCAUUCCACCUUCCUGAUUGACCUCAGGAAAGAGGCCUCUGACAAGCUGGCUUUCUACCCCCCACACCAGGACUACACCUGGACCUUUGAUGACAUCAUUGUUUUUGCCUUCUCCAGCAGGCAAGCAGGCAUCCAGAUGUACCUAUGCAACAAAGAACACUAUGGCUACCUGCCCAUCCCUCUGAAGCCCCACCAGACGCUGCAGGAGGACAUCGAGAACCUCAUCCAUGUACAGAUAGAAGCAAUGAUUGACCGUCCUCCAAUGGAGCCUUCCCAGUUUGUGUCAGCUGUCCCUAAGUAUCCAGACAAGAUGGGAUUUGAUGAGAUUUUUAUGAUCAACCUCAAACGCAGGAAGGACAGGCGGGACAGGAUGCUGCGCACACUCUACGAACAGGAGAUUGAGGUCAAGAUCGUCGAGGCCGUGGAUGGGAAGGCACUCAACACAAGCCAGCUGAAGGCCUGGAACAUUGAAAUGCUACCAGGUUACCGGGACCCCUACUCCUCCAGGCCUUUAACCAGGGGCGAAAUUGGCUGCUUCCUUAGUCACUUCUCUGUCUGGAAAGAGGUGAUUGACCGAGAGCUGGAGAAGACCCUGGUCAUUGAGGAUGAUGUGCGUUUUGAGCAUCAGUUUAAGAAGAAGCUGAUGAAGCUGAUGGAGGACAUUGACAAGGCUCAGCUGGACUGGGAACUGAUUUACAUCGGUCGAAAAAGAAUGCAAGUCAAAGAGCCAGAGAAGGCGGUGCCCAACGUUGUAAAUCUCGUCGAAGCCGAUUAUUCCUACUGGACGCUGGGCUACGCCAUCUCCCUAGAAGGUGCACAGAAGCUCGUUGGAGCUGAUCCUUUUGGGAAGAUGUUGCCAGUGGAUGAGUUUCUGCCAAUCAUGUAUAACAAGCAUCCUGUGGCCGAGUACAAGGAGUAUUAUGAGUCCAGGGACUUGAAAGCCUUCUCUGCAGAACCUCUGCUCAUCUACCCCACGCACUACACAGGCCAACCAGGCUAUCUGAGCGACACAGAAACGUCAACCAUCUGGGACAAUGAGACAGUGGCCACUGACUGGGACAGGACACACUCCUGGAAGUCCCGGAAACAAGGACACAUCCACAGCAAUGCCAAGAACACAGAAGCACUACCACCGCCAACUUCUCUGGAUACCGUGCCUUCAAGGGAUGAACUCUGAGAGCUUCCUGGCUGUGUGGUCCACAUGGUUCAUCACUGUCUGGGUUUUCUAAAGGGCUACUCAUCUGUUUGUGCCAGUUUUGGUUUUGUUUUUUGUUUUUUGUUGUUGUUUUUGUUUUUUGUUUUGUUUUUUAGAGAUGGCAGUCAUCUAAUCAGGUGGUUUGAUGUGAUUCAUCAAAAUUAUAUAAUUCAAAUAGUGAAGAACGGAGAAAUUGAAAACCAAAUUCCCUAGGAAACCAUUCCUGGGAUGGCUGUUAAACCUCAGUCCAAAUGCCCAGUUCUGCUCACUGGCCAUAGAACACUGUUAGCCACACUGAUGUGACAACAGGGUUCAUAUUCUCAUCCAAGAAAUGACACCCUGAGCUGUCACAUCAGUAAGUGGGCAGUCAACACAGACAAGGCAGUGGAUCUUGUUUAUUAAUCUGAGUAGUCCAUUUUAUGUGGCAGAUUCGACCCUGAAACCAUUAAGCCAUCGAGACUACAUUUAUUCGUCUGUUUGAUGUGACCUUGAAAACUGUUCUAUGUAACAAGUGUCUGGGGCUGGGGAACCAAACCAUUAAUUGGGCUUUUAUUCAAAGGAGCUCUGUCAUGAGCUUGUUACAAAGUGAACGUUUUAUUCUUGGCUUUAUUAUCCAGUGGAGUGGGAGCUGGGGAGAUGGCUCAGUGGUUAUUAUCCAAUGGAGUAAGUAACUGGUUUGGGCUGAGACACAGCUCUUGACCAUCAUGGCAGCUAGAACUUUCAUUAAAAUGUCUAGUGCCAUGUGGCUAUGAUAUUUAUGGGGGAAAGAUCUCAACCUUUGGCAUUUGUAUUGUGGCUUAAGUCCAAUAUAUCUAUUUAUAAAGAAAACUGUAAUAUAUACAGGUUGUGAGGGAUGGGGUGACCCAGAACCUCACAUGUUAUGUG